AUGGAUAAUCUGAAGCAAAUGCAAGCCUUAAAGGUAGAAAAGGGUGAUGGAUCUCAUCACACUUAUUCUCAAGACGAGGUGUCAUCCUUUUGUGAUCACAUCAAUUACUACCUUAGAGACGACAAAGAUGUUGCUGACAUUUUGCCAAUGGAUCCAGAAACAAAUGAUAUGUUUAUCAAAGUGGGAGAUGGUAUUCUUCUUUGUAAAAUCAUCAAUUUGGCAUAACAUAGAGCAAUUGAUCCAAGAGCCAUAAAUGUGAAGAAGCCACUCAACAUCUUCAAUGAAAAUAUCAACUUGAAUUUAGCCAUCCAAUCAGCCAAAUCAAUCGGAUGUGUAGUUGUUAAUAUCAGACCCGACUUAAUUAAAGAUAGAAGAGAGCACAUUAUUCUUGGAUUGGUUUGGUAAAUCAUUAAGAUUUAAACAACAAAAAUGGUAAAUUUGAAAGAAAAUCCAUUCUUGAUAAGACUCAAAAAGGAGGAAGAAGAAAUAGGAGACAUUCUUAAAUUACCACCUGAUUAAUUGCUUUUAAGAUGGUUCAAUCAUCAUUUGAAAGAAGCCAAAGCUCAAAGACAAGUAAAUAACUUUGAUAAGGACUUGCAAGAUGGUGAAAACUAUAUAGUCUUGCUCAAUCAAUUAGAUAAGGAUAGAUGUAGCUUGGAUGGACUCGGUUAAGAUCCAGAAAACAGAGCUAAAACUAUUAUAUAAAAUGCUGAAUCUAUUGGUGUUCCUAAAUUCAUGAGACCAGUCCAUAUAGUUAAAGGAAAUUCAAAAUUGAACUUGUUGUUCUGUGCUUAAAUUUUCAAUGCUUGUCCUGGAUUGACACCAAGUCAAGAAGAUUAUGAAAAAACGAAAAUGUUAUAAGAAGAUGAUGAUCCUGAAAGCAGCAUGGAUGAAAGAGUAUUCAAAAUGUGGAUUAACAGUCUUAAUAUAGAAGAUGGAUACAUCAAUAAUUUAAUUGAAGACAUGAGAGAUGGAAUCAAUCUCAAUAGAUUGUUAGAAAGAUUAAAGCCAUAAACAAUUAAUUGGAAGAAUGUUAAAAUCCCAGCCAAAUCAAGAAUUAUUAAAGUUCAAAAUGCUAACUACUCUUUGGAAUAAGCUAAAACAUUCAAAAUUACUCUUGUCAACGUUGGUGGAGUUGAUUUUGUAGAUGGAAAGAAGAAACUCAUCUUGGGUGUCAUCUGGUAAUUGUUUAGAUUAGAUGUCUUAAAGACAAUGGGAGACCAAAAGGAUGACCAAAUCUUAGAGGCAGCCAAUAAGAAGGUCCCUGAAGCUGAGAGAUUAGCUUCAUUCAAGGAUCCAAAGGCUAAGACAAGUCAUUUCUUCUUCAGACUUUUGAAUUCAAUUGAGCCAAGAGCUAUUGAUUGGGACUUUGUUUAAAAAGGUGAAACCCCAGAAGAAAUCGAGAGUAAUGCCAAGUAUGUGAUCUCAGUUGCUAGAAGAUUGGGCGCUACAGUGUUUUUAAUUUGGGAAUAAAUAAGAGAUGGUAAAGCAAAAAUGUUAGCAGUCUUUACAGCUUCUUUGUUGCAUUUUGCAGAAGAUUAUAAAGCAGCAAAACUUGGACAUGCCGAAUGAAACGAUUAAUAAUAUUAAACAAUUAAUCAUAUUAAAUAAUUUAGUAAUUUCAUUUGC